AUGGUCGUCAACAAGGAUGCCUCCGGUAUUCGAAUGAGAAUUGGAAACAAAUGGGUUUAUAUGAACGAAGAAGCUGUGAAAAAUCAUCCAGGAGGAGCGGUAAUUGAGCAAUACCGAAAUUCCGACGCCACCCACAUCUUUCAUGCAUUCCAUGAGGGGUCUUCAAAAGCCUACAAACAAGUAGAACUUCUGAAGAAAAAUGGAGAACACGAUGAGAGAUUGGAAAGAGAGCUUGAAAAAAGAUUGGACAAAGGAGAUGUGAAUGUUUCUGUCUACGACAUCACUGUGGAACAGGAAAAGAAGAUGGUUGAAUCUUUCGAAAGACUUCGACAGAGACUUCACGACGAUGGAUUGAUGACUGCCAACGAGACAUAUUUCAUCUUCAAGUCUCUCAGCACACUUUCCAUCAUGGCUUUCGCUUUCUAUCUUCAAUACUUGGGAUGGUACAUGACUUCUGCGUGUGUUCUAGCAUUGGCAUGGCAGCAAUUCGGAUGGUUGACUCAUGAGUUCUGCCACCAACAGCCAACUAAAAACCGACCACUUAAUGAUACCGUCUCCCUGUUCUUCGGAAACUUCCUUCAAGGAUUUUCCAGAGAUUGGUGGAAGGACAAGCACAACACUCACCACGCUGCUACAAACGUCAUCGACCAUGAUGGAGAUAUUGAUUUGGCACCUCUGUUUGCCUUCAUCCCAGGGGAUCUUACCAAAUACAAAGCUACCGUUGAGAAAGCCAUUCUUCAGAUCAUUCCAUACCAACAUCUCUACUUCACUGCUAUGCUUCCAAUGCUUCGUUUCUCAUGGACGUCCCAAUCAGUUCAAUGGGUCUUCAAUGAGAACAAUAUGGAGUACAAAGUAUACAAGAAGAACGCCUUCUGGGAGCAAGCCACUAUCAUCGGACACUGGGCUUGGGUAUUCUAUCAGCUCUUCCUUCUUCCAUCUUGGCCAAUCCGCAUUGCCUAUUUCUUGAUUUCCCAAUUGGGAGGAGGUUUCUUGAUUGCUCACGUCGUCACUUUCAACCAUAACAGUGUUGAUAAGUAUCCAGCUGAUUCCCGAAUCCUCAACAACUUUGCUGCUCUCCAAAUCCUCACCACCCGUAAUAUGACUCCUUCUCCCUUCAUUGAUUGGCUCUGGGGUGGACUCAACUACCAGAUCGAGCAUCAUCUCUUCCCAACUAUGCCAAGAUGCAACUUGAACAGAUGUAUGAAGUAUGUCAAGGAGUGGUGCGCUGAGAACAAUCUUCCAUAUCUUGUUGACGACUACUUUGUCGGAUAUAAUCUGAACCUUCAACAAUUGAAAAACAUGGCCGAGCUAGUCCAGGCCAAAGCUGCCUAA